GGCCGGCGGAGGCGGAGCCAGCGGCGGCCGAGGCUGGCGGCUCCCGCGCGGCUCCGGGUCACCGAUCCUAGAUCCCGGCGCGGCGAGGUCAUAAGCAGAUCCAGGUGAUGUGUGUUCAUUGCUGAGUGACUCCUUUCCCACCCCACAAACUGCAGGGACAGCUGGGGACCUGCCAGGCACAGGCAUGCCUGUGCUGUCUGAAGACUCGGGUUUGCAUGAGACCCUGGCACUUCUGACCUCUCAGCUCAGGCCUGACUCUAACCACAGGGAAGAGAUGGGCUUCUUGAGGGACGUCUUCAGUGAGAAGAGCCUCAGCUAUUUGAUGAAGAUUCACGAGAAACUCCGCUAUUAUGAGAGGCAGAGCCCGACCCCAGUCCUGCACAGUGCCAUGGCCCUUGCUGAGGAUGUGAUGGAGGAGCUGCAGGCCGCCUCUGUGCACAGUGAUGAGAGGGAGCUGCUGCAGCUGCUGUCCACCCCCCACCUCAGGGCUGUGCUCAUGGUACACGACACAGUUGCCCAGAAGAACUUUGAUCCUGUUCUGCCCCCUCUGCCCGAUAAUAUCGACGAGGAUUUUGAGGAGGAAUCGGUGAAGAUUGUUCGCUUGGUAAAGAACAAAGAGCCCCUGGGUGCCACUAUCCGAAGAGAUGAGCACUCAGGGGCCGUCGUGGUGGCCAGGAUCAUGCGAGGGGGUGCGGCAGAUCGGAGCGGUCUGGUCCACGUUGGUGAUGAGCUCCGAGAGGUGAACGGGAUCGCCGUCCUGCACAAGCGUCCAGACGAGAUCAGCCAGAUUCUGGCCCAGUCCCAGGGAUCCAUCACCCUCAAGAUCAUCCCUGCCACCCAGGAGGAAGACCGCUUCAAAGAGAGCAAGGUGUUCAUGCGUGCCCUCUUCCACUAUGACCCUCGGGAGGACCGUGCCAUCCCCUGCCAGGAGGCAGGCCUGCCCUUCCAGCGGAGGCAGGUCCUGGAGGUGGUGAGCCAGGACGACCCCACCUGGUGGCAGGCCAAGAGAGUGGGAGACACGAACCUUCGAGCUGGCCUCAUCCCCUCCAAGCAGUUCCAGGAGAGGCGGCUGAGCUAUCGGAGAACAACUGGCAGCCUGCCAAGCCCCCAGAGCGUCAAAAAGCCCCCCUAUGAUCAGCCUUGUGACAAAGAGACCUGUGACUGUGAAGGGUACCUCAAAGGGCACUAUGUGGCUGGUCUUCGGAGAAGCUUCCGGCUAGGCUGCAGGGAGAGGCUGGGUGGCUCACAGGAGGCAAAGGUGCCCUCAGGAGCAGAGUCUCAGGAGCUGCUGACCUACGAGGAGGUGGCCAGGUACCAACAGCAGCCUGGGGAGUGGCCCCGCCUGGUGGUUCUGAUUGGAUCUCUGGGAGCCCAACUCCAUGAGCUGAAGCAAAGGGUGGUGGCUGAGGAUCCCCAGCACUUUGGUGUUGCUGUUCCACACACCACCAGGCCCCGGAAGAGCCAUGAGAAAGAAGGGGUGGAGUAUCACUUCGUCUCCAAGCAAGCGUUCGAGGCUGACUUACAUCACAACAAGUUCCUGGAACAUGGUGAAUAUAAGGAGAAUCUCUAUGGGACCAGCCUGGAGGCCAUUCGGGCUGUUAUGGCCAAAAACAAAGUUUGCUUGGUGGAUGUAGAACCGGAAGCACUAAGACACCUGAGGACCCCUGAGUUCAAACCCUAUAUUAUAUUUGUGAAGCCUGCAAUUCAGGAGAAAAGGAAGACGCCGCCUGUGUCCCCAGACUCUGAGGACACAGCAGCUCCGCUUGAUGAACAGCAGCAAGAGAUGGCCGCCUCUGCCACCUUCAUCGAUCAGCACUAUGGGCACCUGAUAGACACUGUGCUUGUGAGGGAGGACCUGCAGAGCAUCUGCAGCCAGCUCAGAGCUGUCAUAGAGAAGCUGAGCAAGGACACUUACUGGGUACCCAUCGGCUGGGUGAGGUAACUUCAUCCUGUAGCAUCCAGUCUGGAGGGACCUCGAAGACCACAUUGUCCAGCCUCCCUCAUGUAUUGUCAAGGAAUCUCGAGUACAGAGAGGGGCAGGAUUUCCCACAAACUCUCGUCACUGAGUAUUAGUGGGAAGCCUUGUUUGGUGUUGGAUUUUUGUCUCUCUUUUUGCACUGCACCUCUUCGUGGGCUGAGUUGAAAGGGGGUGGUUCACAGAACAACAUGUUCAUUAAAGUCUCGCAGGCAA